ACGCAUAAAGCCCAUUAUGACUUAAACUAUUAUAUCGCCUUCAUUUGCUGGCUUAAUCGCACGGCAGAAGGAUCGCACAAGUACUUAGCGCGGAGUAACUAAUGAUAGAAAAUGUUAAUUUCUAAAUCAAUAUUACCGAUUGCGUUAAUAUUCGGGCUUAGUGUAACUAGUGCAGAUUCAAUUAUACAAAAACGUGUUCCUCGCAGGCAUACUCAAUAUACAAGAUCGCAUAACUCUAAUCAUCCUCCAUUUGUGGAUCCUCCUUUCGAAGACAGAAUUCCAGUUUCUGUUUUAGAAGAUGAAUUACUCAAUUUGAAGAAAAUAAAUGAAAUAAGUGACACAAGCGAAUCAAGAAGCAGAGAGAAUCAACAUGCCAGAGAUCUCAUGUUUUUGGAUGGAGUACAAGACUAUGAAGAAAAAAUAAUACAAAAUCCCAAAGCGCGAUCAGUGAAUGCUAAACGUUUUGAAUUAGAUGAGACAAGGACACCGGCUUUAGUAGAUUACGAAAAUAAACCACGUAGGAAAAUGCGAAGGAGGUUGCAACAAGUAAGAAAAGUUCGAGUAAAUAAAAGCCAAUUCGACGUUUACGUAAACGAAACACAAGCAGAAGUAGAUAAAGCACCAGUAAAAGAAACGACAACGAAACCAGAUGAAAUGUACAAAAAUGAGCAACCGUCAUACGGUGCUCCGACUUUCAAACGAAGGAAGGGCAUGCGUGAACCUGUUGUUCCCAUAAUUGAGUCGGAAAGCUAUGUUUUCUCGCAUUCUGGAAACUUCCAUUACAGUUACGAAGGUGGUGAUGGCACAAAAGCCUACGAGAGGGGUCAACUAAAACAAUCAAAUGGAGGUGCUGGCAGUGCUGUUGAAGGAAAUUUCUCCUACAAAGGCAACGACGGAAAUGACUACAGUUUGCAAUACACAGCUGACGAGAACGGAUACAGGCCAGUCGGUGCACAUUUACCCACACCGCCACCUAUUCCUCCAGCAAUCAAACGAGCUUUGGAAUACUUAGCCACCAAGCCUUCAGACUUCGAAGAUGUAACGGAGAGAAUGAGGACCCGUUUCUAAAAGAUUAUGAAAAGGUGAUAUACAUAAAUUCUGAUGUUUUAAAUGAGUUGAUAUUGAAGUCAAGACAAGCUUUAUUUUUUAAAUGGCUUAUACUGAAAUCUGUUGCCACAGAAUAUAUUCCAUUAAACCGUUUUUGGGCUUAUAAAAAUUAGUUAUUAUUGUGAUGCUCUCAUAAUAAGAUGUUUUAUAUUACACUAAGACAAUUAUAUAAAAAUAGUUCUUAAACAAAAGAGCUAUUACAUACUUAGAAAUAAAGGGAGAUUAGGAACAAGUAGGUGGUAGAUUAUGUUCGUGGAUAUAAAAUGGGGGAAUUAAAAGUGACAAAAAACAUGCAUCUUUUGCAGCAAUGGAAUAUAAAUCCGAAUUUAAUUUUACAAAAAUUUUUUUGACUUCACAUAUGGUUUGCAUCGAAUAUUGU